GAAGAAGUCAAAGACAGGUCAAAUUUCAAAAUCUAUACCGGCAACGUUCAUUUAUAAAAGGGCUAAUAAAUAAUUGGUGUGAAAACAUAACACCACCAGCAAUUAAGAAUGCUUUCUUUUAUAAUUUUGUCGGUUUUUAUAGCUCUUUGUAACAGUGCGUAUCAACUUCCGCACGGCCAUGAACUGCACGUGCUGGUUGAUAAUGGAUUUAAUGCAUUAGAUAAAGAUAAAGAUGGCGUAAUAUCGGCUAUAGAAUUCGGUAGUAUAUCUUUCGAUAAGGAGGACUUAAACCAUGACGGUAACCUCACCCUUGCUGAAUAUGCAGCUUUCUGGAACACGACACCUGAGGCUGUGAUGCCACUUUUCAAUGUAUGGGACACAGAUAAAGAUGGCUAUGUCGAAUCAAACCACUUGUCGAUUGUUGGUCAUUUACUAGACCCAAACGGUGACGGCAUUAUUACUAAGCACGAAUACGAACAUUACAUGACCGGCUUCCUGGAGUGUGUAUACGCACAUGGUCAACACGGACAUGGCCCUAACUGCGAUCAUUAAUUGUUUCAUCUAUCUUUGUAGAGAAAAUAGAAAAAAUGAAUAAAAAAUGAUAAAGCAUA